AUGUUUUCCGCGAUCGCCUCGGCGGUAUCGGGACGGGGACGUCGCGAGGAGAGCGUCCCGCUGCUCCCGCGCGACGUGGAGGCCGGCGCAGACGACGCUGCGGGCGAUGCGCGAUGCGGGCGGAGCCGCGGGAUGAUCGCCGGAACCAGCGCGCGCGAUGCGCUCGACGCGGGCGACGGCGCCGCGCCGCGCCGUCUCCCUCGCGGCGUCAUCGCGCUCGUCUCGCUCCUCGCGGUCGCGGGAUGCGCCGGGUACUCCGCGUCGGUAUCCGGCGGGCGGCACGGGGCCGCGCUCGGGGCCGCGGGUACACGGCUCCGCCCCGAUCGGUGGUCGUUCCACCAGCGGAGCCGGCCGUCCGCGCUCGAAUCCGUCAACCCGUGGCGCGGGCGGGACACCGAAGGGCUCAAGCUCGCGACGAGGCGAACCGCGGCGCCGGAGUCCCGACGGGGCGUCGUGAUGGCCGGACAGUGGCCCGGAUACGGCGCGGCGAAAAAGUCCAAGUCACGCCGCGACGACGAUGAGGAGGAGGAGGAGGAGGAGGAGGAGGACAACGGAACGCUCGUGCCCGUCCUCGGCGACCAGGUGGUGACCGGCGAGUCGACGCCGCGGCGCGGCGCGGUGACGAGCGGGCGUCGUUCGCGCCCGUGCGUGUUGAAAGACGCCGUCACCGACGAGCAGGCGCAGGCGGUUCUCGAUUUCGCGUGCGCUCCCGAGAGUGGCGUAUCCUGCGCGCCCAUCGGCGCGGGCGGGGCACUUGAACGCCCCAACACGCUUCUACGGGACCACGCGGCGUGGGCCAUCGACCGGUACUUUCGUUUACGUUCGCGCGAGCCCGACGCGUUCCCGCAGCGCGACUGUCACUUUGUCGGCGUCGCGUCGCUCGACGCUCCCAAUAACUUUUACGUCUCGACGACCGGCGCGUUGGUCCGGGUGAACCCCAGCGUGGAUACCAUCGCGAACAAGGUGACCGUCCCGAUUGAGGGCGUCGUGUUUAGCAGCGGUGUCGGGGCGGUGCGCGGGACGCUCGUGUCGAGGCGGGGGGGGGGUUCGAACGGCGGCGGGGGUUUCCUUCGCGACGAUCCGCUGAGGCCCGAGGCUGGCGUUAAGACGACGUUUAAGUUUUGGGCCGGAUCGACGGCGACGCGGUCGCGCGGGGAGGGACCGUGCGUGGUGGAGACGACGGUGGUGUACGACUUCGACGGGGACGGCGACGCGGACCGGACGGAAUCGUUCGAGCUCGUCCAAGUCCCACGCGAACCGGCGAUGGCGCCGGUGGAGACGAAGAUCAUCGGGCACAGCGCAAAGGCGAGGGGCGCGAGGUUCCCGCGCCGAGUCACCGACGCCAGGGUUUCGCUCCUCGUUCGAUCGCCCAACUGCCCGGGGGAGGUGAACGUGUGGGAAUCGUCGGCGACGUAUCCGUCGUUCCUCACCGUCCCGUACCGCGAGUAGUCUAGCUGUAGAUGGAACAUCACACGCGAGUUGACGCGAGUCUAGCUAAUAUCAACUCUAGAGACG